AUUGAUCAAAUUAUUUUUAUUUAAUUAUUUUUUUUCUUAUUAUGAAAUUAGAGUCCAGAUAAGUAGAUAACAAAUGUAAACAUUUUGUUGAAAUUCAUGGGUAUCUUUUAUUCGAACAUCAAUCUUUUACUACUUCUACGUGACAUCUCAUCAAUCGAAUCUGUAAAUGACGAAUCAAGAUGUUAGACAUAUUGAAUGGGAGGAACUUGAUAAACGUAAAUACUAUGUUAUUGGUCCAAUUAUGAUGGUUGGAGUUCGUUUGAUUAUAUUUCCACCCACUCUUAUUAAAACUCGUCUUCAGGUGCAGAAGCAAAAUUCCCAUUAUAAAGGAACACUUGAUGCUUUCCGAAAAAUAUUUAAGCAUGAAGGCAUUCGUGGAUUUUAUAAAGGUUUUUCUACAAAUUUAAUUACUGUUGCAUCAAGUCAAGUAUAUAUUACAACAUUUGAAGUUGUUCGCUCAAAGCUACCUAACAUAGGAAAUACAUCAAAGAGUUUAGUUGCAGGUGUAUGUGCAUCACUUGCUGGCCAAACCAUAACUAUUCCAGUUGAUAUUAUUUCACAGAAACAAAUGGUGACUGGUCAACAAGCCGAUGCAUCAGCUAAUUUAAAGCCAAAAUUUAAAUCAGGCAUUUCAGUUGUAAAAGAUAUUUACAGUACAAGUGGACUUAAAGGUUUUUAUAAAGGUUAUGUAGUUUCCCUAUUGACUUAUACUCCAAGUUCAGGUUUAUGGUGGGGUUCAUAUUAUAUGUUUACACAAUUAUUUGACAAAAUGACUCCAGUUUCCACUCCUCAUCUUGCUAUACAAGGUAUAAGUGGAAUUUCAGCUGGAAUUGUAGCUUCUACUCUUACUAAUCCUGCAGAUACAGUGCGUACAAGACUUCAGGUUGAAGGAGGAAGUUCAUCCAUACGAAGCGUUAUAAAAAGACUUUAUGAAGAAGAGGGUUUUCGUGCACUUCACAAAGGACUGACAGCAAGGUUAAUUUCAUCGGUGCCAUCAAGUUGCGUAUUAGCUGUUAGUUAUGAACUUGUUAAAUUAUUUAGUUUAAAAAGUUAGCAAAAGAUUUAUAUAUAUAUAUA